GGAGGAGACUUGCUUCAGAAGGGAAAAGGAGCCGGAGAGCAAUUCCAAAACAGCUGUCCGGCAGACGUCCCAGUCGACAGAAGUGCAGCCCGAGGCAGAGACCGGAGGAGGACGUUCGACCUUCCUCCACCGGCGGACACCACCAGUCCUGCUUGGUUUCCUGAUCGAUGCGGCAAUUGCUGAAAUUAUUUUUGGAGUCCUAUCUGACCGGCGUGUUCCUGAGAAUGUAACUGGAGCUCCUCCCAGGGGGAACUGUACCGUCCAGAACUUCUAGAGCCUUUCCGAUCUCUCCAUCCUGCAUAUCUGAGAUCUCUUCCUGCAGCGUCAACAUGCCAGCCAAAGCUCCCAUAUACCUGAAACCCAACAACAGCAAGAAGGGGAAGAAGUGUCGCCUGAGAGACAUGCUGUCCCCGGACAUGAUCAGUCCGCCGCUGGGCGACUUCCGCCACACCAUCCACAUCGGGAAGGGCGGCGAGAGGGACGCCUUCGGAGACAUGUCGUUCCUCCAGGGGAACUUUGAGCUCCUGCCUGGGAAGGCAGACCUCCUCCCUCAGUACGGGGUCCAGAGUGAGUUCCUGAGAGCCAACAGCACCGGAGACGCUUCCUUCGCCGAGACGCCUUCUCCGGUGCUGAAGAACGCCAUCUCCCUCCCGACGAUCGGCGGCUGCCAGGCGCUCACCCUCCCCAUGAUCUCCUCCACCGUGUUCCCGUUGCCCCCGGAGCCUCUGGAGGACAUCAUGGGCUCCACAACUCCCAUGAAACAGCAACAGCUCCCCGACAGCACGGACCAGCUGGAGAUCCUGCAGAUGGACGCGCUCCUGCGCUCCAUGGACGUCUUCAACAGCGAGCCUUCUUCUCCCUCCAAAGACAUGCGCUCCAAGCCCGACGUCCUCUUGGAUCUGCUGGAAAACAAACGCAAGUCCAACUCUAAAGCGGUCGCCAAAGCCAACAAAAUAAACAAGAGCGAGCCGCGGUUUGAGGAGCCGUCGUCCUACUACAUCAGCAGCAGCAGCAGCAGCUUCAAAGCUAAUGGGAGCCUGAACAGCAACGUGAGCAGCGACAGCUUUGACAGCUUUGGCGGUAAAGGGGACUUUCAGAAUAAGAGCUUCGACGGCAACGGGUACGAACACUUUAACAAUGACAUUAACCUGGGCUUCAAGCAGCAGCUCUCUCAGUGCCAUGAGUGGGUGGACAGGGACAGUGGGGUGGAGGAGGGCCGCAUCUCUGAUUUUGAGUUUGAGUUUUCGAAGCCGAAGAGCACAUCGCGGGACUCCCUCGCCCACAUCACGGGCUCCUUCCUGUCCCUCGAACUCGACCUGGGCCCGUCCAUCCUGGACGACGUCCUCAACAUCAUGGAUCAACCGGCAGCGAAGAGCAGGCCUUGAGCUGCAGCCCUAACCCUAACCCAGAGAGGAGAAAGGGAAUUAUUAAACUAUAGCCAUCAGGAGAGAAAGACUCAACAAAGCAAUCAAAAUGGUGUCUGGAUAUAUCAUUGAGAUGAAAAUGAGCUACAACAGACAGAGCUGCUUAUGUUUUUAUUGUCAAAACAUAUAACUAUUCUAGCUUCUAUGGAGUGUUGAUUCUUCUUCUUCUUCCUUUUUGUUUUUGGUUUGCCAUGUCGCAUGUUUAAGAUGCAUGAGUUUCAGCUAAAAACAGCCAUUGUGCCUUUGAUUUUAGUUCCUGUAAGUAAAGAUGCUACGUGAUAGAUUUGUGUUCUUAUGUUGAAUUCCACCGUUUGUACACAAUAACUUUGAGUUCCUUUUUUUGCUUUUUUUUUUUUUUUUUUUACACAGUCUUGAACAUAUUGCAUUAUUUGACUUUAAGUGUGUUUAACAAAGCAAUAUUUUUGUUUGUCACGUAAUUCAUUUGCCACAUUUCAAACUACAGAACACUAUGCAUAUUUGUGUUUUUAAAAUUGUAACACAAAUAAAUUAAUUUUGUCCUA